UUCAUUAUAUCUCGAGAGUGUUCUAUUUAUAGCAAAUCCCAAAAAUGGACGGCUUAGAGGUCUUUCAAAAUUAUCUCUUAGAAGAAAGACUUCGGGUUUCCGCUAGGCAUCGCUUGUGAUCACGAAUUGGAAAUACUGCAAUAAAAAAGCCUACAACACAAUGCUAUCCUCGAUGUACAGCUAGAGAAAGAAGAUUGGGUGAAUCAUAUUUAAUACACAUCAAUUAAAACCUAAAUUAUUCGCUGGUAAAAAUUUCUGCUCUCAGUUUAUUUUGUCAGUUCAGCAUGACAACAAAUACAUAAUUCUACAUAAAACACUGGACGUGAUUAGUCGAGCCGCUGACGUUCAACGGGGGCAGGUGAAUGCCGCAUGGUACCAGCGCUGUGAUUGGUCAGAUUUUGAACUUUACUGGAAGCAGGUGCUGUUGCGGUUAAGUUGGUUUAUACAAGUUGCGCUCACGGUUAGCUUCUUGCGGAUAUCUAACGAUUGAAGUUACGAUCUUUUGAGUUGUUUAACAAAAUGCCGGACAUUGGAUCCAGCCAAAACGUAAAGACGGCCCAAGAAACUCCACAGUUGAACGGAAAUGCCGGCCAAAAUGGUGAGAAAUAUCCCGACAAUGAGGAAAAUAACAUGACCGGUGGAAACCAGAAUCACAGUCCAACUGGAAGCGCCAGGUCGCGAGGAAGUAGCAGAGGGAGUCCAGCUCCGAGCUUACAGGAAAAAGAAAAGAUUGAUCUACGAUUGUUCGUGUAUCCCCUGGAAAAGAAAUGUCAGUGUCCGAUUUGCGAAAGCGUACUCCGUUAUCCAGUACAGUUUAAGGAGUGCGGCCAUCGUGUGUGCUCUUCAUGUUUUCCCGAAUUAGCAAGGGUUGAACCCCGUUGCCCAGUGGACCAGAUCCCGAUCAACAAAGAUGACGCCUACGUGGAUAAGGCGUUUAACAACGAGAUUCUGGCUCUUGAUGUCAAGUGUAAAAACAAUGAAUGGGGCUGCAAGUGGGAGGGCGAAUUUCAGAAUUACCAGGAUCACGUAAACUCGAAUUGUGAGUACGCGGAAAUCCUGUGUAUGAACGACUGCGGAGCUAAAUUUCAGAAGAGAUUUCUGCAGAAACAUCUCGACAAAGAUUGUCCGAAAAAGAUAAUCGCUUGCCCAUACUGUGAUGACAGACAUCUUAGAGAGGACAAGAAGGCACAUCUGGCAGAUGAGUGUCCCAAACUGCCGCUGCCAUGUCCCAACAAAUGCGACAAGAAGCUGGAGAUUCCUCGAGACGAGGUAAACUUUAAUAUGGUAUCAUGUCACUCCUUUAAUGUAAUUUUAACUUAUGAACUCUACUUUCUUUUACAGUGCAGCCGAGAAAAAAUGCCAAAGCAUUACAAAAGCAACAUGAUCGAACAUGUGAAGUCGAUCUUUACGAAGAUAACAGAGCUGGACCAGACACUAAGCAAACACGAAUCCACACUCAAAGAACAAGCCGACCUCAUCAAAGCCCAGGACAAACGUGUUGGAGAUCUGGAGAAGAUCGCCAACAGUCAGCUCAUCUGGCGCAUCGAAGACUACUCGCGCAAAAUGAAGGAAGCAAAGGCGGGUAAUGGAGACACACUGUUUAGUCCGACAUUUACCACGAGCAAACACGGGUAUCGCUUGUGCGCAUCGGUGUGUUUGAACGGCGAUGGGAAAGGAAAAGGGACGCAUAUGUCUGUGUUUAUCAGCGUGCUAAAAGGUGCGUUCGACAGUUUGCUCAAGUGGCCAUUUGACUACCGCGUCACCUUCUACCUUCUGGAUCAAGACGAAGAUCACGCGCAACGGAAGCACAUCAAAUUCAGCAUCAAGCCGAACCCGUGUCCAGAGAAUGAACCAUUCCUUGGCCGACCCAAGCUCGAAAAGAACGCUAGCUUCGGAGGAGCAAAGUUCGCUAAACACGAGGAAAUCGAGACCAGAAACUACUGCAAGGACGAUACGAUCUUCCUCAAGAUAUCUGUUGAUUGUGACGGAUUGAGUGAGCCGUAGAGAAUGCAUUAAUUUCAGUACAGAACUGCGCAUGACAAUCAGUAGUGUAGUGCCACUUCAUACAGCAGUGCACCUUUCAGUCAACUGUGCGGCGCAGCGGGCGAAAAUUUAAGAAGCCUGCCACGAGUUUCAGGGAUUGUCAGAGAACCCCUAUUGCUCAGGUUGUUGGAAGGACCAUUUACGCUUAAGAUUAUCCAAUAACUUUUAUGGAGACUGGAUAAACCCGUUGAACUUUUGGCAGAAAUGAUGGAAGCUUAUUUCAGUAAGCCGAGAAGAAGGCAAGUUACUUGACCUUACUCAAGUUUUCAUUUUCCAAUUCAGGUCCCCCGCAAAUUAUUGUAUGGUUCCUAAUACGGUAUUAAGGUGUUAAUCCGUCUUGUUUAAAAUCAUCAUCUUUAACUGCUAAAUUUUUUUUUUUUUGAAAACUAUGCCUCGGAGUGGGGCGGAGGUACCUUUAUCAGUGUGUAUUACGAAAUGCAUUCCACUUUCAAUGUAAGGCACUUAUGAAUAAGAGAACUCUCUCGCUGUGCGAGGAAGUAAUGGCAGUGUGCGGGACAUAGAUAAGUAGUUUGUUGUGCAAACACUACGAGCUUGUUUUAAAUUAUUGAAGUCAUGUAUCCGUUUUUACGGAGGCCAGGAAAAAAUAGUGUUGUCCCCAAAAAGCAGCAGUGCGGUAUUUAGAAAAUAUUUGGAGACAGUUGCUUUUUUUACCAUGGAUGAAUCCCCUCACGGUCAGUUUACAAUUACAAGGGAUGUUUUUCGCCGGGCGCUCAAGGCAAUUCAUAGUUUAAAGUAUAUCCUGCCACACCUAAAAUAACCAAUUAAAUGUAUCUGCUUUCAAAGAGUUUAGAUUUAAACCUUUUAAGGCAGUGUUACGGUAUUGGAUAAUUUGGAAAUACUAAAUAGUUCAGGGGAGGGGGGGUGGGUUAACAGGGAAAUCUUGAAAACCUGUCACAGAAAUUUAAAUAAUGAAUAGCCAAGAAUAGGCUACAAGAAGUAAAUAAUCUUAGAUAAUCGAUAAGCUUCUAAUAAUGGAUAAACUAUGCUCGAUUUCCGCCGCUAUCUCAAGUCCAGUCCAUGUUCCUCCUCUUUCUCCCUGAUAAAGAGGCCGAGGAGUGUCUUCGGGGGAAGAGCGCGGGCUCCUUUCCUAAACAGCGGCUGGUAAUCGAACCUAUGAAUAGACACGCACAUAGUUAACUACUUUAAGUCCACCCCAGGGAACAACUUGAAUUGAUAUACAAUCAAACCUCCUUUAGGCAACCACUUCUUUAAUUUAUAGAUUAGAGGAGAAAGACCCCAGAUUUAAGUCUGCAGUCAAAUUAUUGUUAUAUAUUGACACAUGCUGCACUGGAGCACCCAGCUUAGCUUGACAAAACUACAAGGUUCGACUGUCAAAAUUAAGAAAUAGCAUCAUUACUUUUAGCCAGUACAAUUAAGCCUACGGUACAUCUUUAGGCUCUUCACGUAAUCUUUCCUCCCUCAAGGAAAGAACGCGUGACAGACCGAAUGUACGUCCUUGUAGAAGGCUAAACUUCUGAAACUUGUGACGAACUCUAUAAGUGUUGGUAAGCAACUGCACGCUCAUUAGACAUGUUAACUUUAAUUUUCUAUCUGUGCGAAAACAUAACUUAUUGUGCAUCCAUCUGCUUACACAUCACGGAAAACGGUGGAUUUCAAAAGUAACAACAUUUCAAUUUUCGUAGACUUAGCUCAUUAGAUUUUGAGAUAUUUUCAAGGGUAGCAAACUACCUUUUACCGUGCAAGUUUCCAGCACUUAAUUGUAAAACAGACCGAAUGUACGUCAUUGUAGAAGGCUAAACUUCUGAAAGUUUUGACGAACUCUAUAAGUGUUGGUAAGCAACUGCACGCUCAUUAGACAUGUGAACUUUAAUUUUCUAUCUGUGCGAAAACAUAACUUAUUGUACAUUCAUUUGCUUACACACCACGGAAAAAAGUGGACUUCAAAAGUAACAACAUUUUAAUUUUCGUAGUCUUAGCUCAUUAGAUUUUGAGAUAUUUUCAAGGGUAGCAAACUACCUUUUAUCGUGCAAGUUUCCAGCACUUAAUUGUAAAUAAAGAUAAACGUUUUUAAAUGAAAA